AUUAAAGCGGAGCAGAUGAAGUGACAGGUUUGUGAGGCUCGAGACAGGAAAGGUCGGAGGUUUGGAGACGGAGGCGCGCGGAGAGCGAGAGGAGGAGAAAAGAGGAUUUGUUGACAAAAUCACCAAGUUGGAGAAGCUCCUCCUCUCCGUGAUGUCGUCGGAACCUCCUUAAUUACUAAUUUCUCCACAUCCACGCCACGCUCUCCCUCCCUCUCUCUCUCUCUCCCUCCAUCCAUGCGUCUCUCAUCCUGAGCCUCCUUUCUCUCUCCUCUCUGUCUCUCUCUCGGAUCACGGAGGUGGAGGACCUCGGAGUUGUUGUUGUUGUUCAUUUUUUUUUAUUAUUUAUUCCUGGUUUUGUCGGGAGAGCCGCCACCGGGCAUGGAGGAUGUAAAAGACCCGCCGACCGUGCACCGGUCCUCCUCCUUCAGCAUCAAGAGCCUCCUGCUGCCCUCCAAGUGCGAGCGUGCGGACUCCGCGAUGGUCGCGAUCCACGGAGCCCCGUGUCCCUCCCCGGGCUCCGACUGCGAGAAGUCUCUGGACCCCCCGGAGGUGGACUCCGCGGCCUCCACGCUCCUAGAGCCGGAGAAACCGGGCAAGGAGGAGCCGGGGGAAGAGGAGGAGGACGGAGGGGGAGGCGGAGGAGGGGACGGUGGCAAGGCGACACCGGAGCAGAACACCGGCGGCGGCAACGGCGCCAAAAACGGGAAGUACGACAAGCCUCCGUUCAGCUACAACGCGCUGAUCAUGAUGGCCAUCCGGCAGAGCCCCGAGAAGCGGCUCACGCUCAACGGCAUCUACGAGUUCAUCAUGAAGAACUUCCCGUACUACCGGGAGCACAAGCAGGGCUGGCAGAACUCCAUCCGGCACAACCUCAGCCUCAAUAAGUGCUUCGUUAAGGUGCCCCGGCACUACGACGACCCGGGCAAGGGCAACUACUGGAUGCUGGACCCGAGCAGCGACGACGUGUUCAUCGGCGGGACCACCGGGAAGCUCCGCCGGCGCUCCGCCACCUCUCGGGGCAAGCUGGCGAUGAAGCGCGGGUUGCGCUUCGCUCCUCUCGGGCUGGGCAUCAACGAGCGGAGCAGCAACCCGCUGUACUGGCAGCUGUCCCCGUUCCUGUCCCUGCACCACCACCACCACCAUCACCCGCACUACAACGGCUCGUCCGCCGGCUUCCUGAACCAGGCGGCUGGCUACGGCUCGUUGCUGCCCGCCGUGGAGCAGCUGAGUAACGGGGAGCUGGGCCGCUCGCUGCCGCUGGGCCUGACGAACAGUUACGGGAUGAGCUCGUCGCCGGUCGGGCUGCUGUCUGGUCAGCCCGGGUACUUCGUGUCGGGGAGCCAGCAGCCUCCCCAUCUCCCGCAGGGCGCGCCGGGCUUCGGCGGCUCCCCGCAGGCGCUGCUCUCGGACUCGCUCAGAAACAGCUCGCUACCGGCCUUCUCCCCCGGCAUGUCCGCGGGGUUCCCCGGGGUGCUGUCCCACCAAAAGAGGGUGACCCCUAACGCGUUCCUAAACUGACCCCCCCACGCACACACACCCACACACCCUCGCUCCGUGGACUGCACCGGGACGAGGACGCACAGACGUCACGUUAAGGGCAAAUAAAAAGUGGUAAAUAUCAGAAAUGUGUGUAUGAAUCCAUAAAUGAAGCGAGACUUCUGGCCACACGGAGUGCGACGCACAGCUCGGCUUCAUCUUUACUGGAAAAGGGAGAAACUUUUGUUACCGCCGGUCGUCCAACUGUAAACUAGACUUGCCAAAGGUAACGCUAUAAGUAUAUUUCAAACUAUUUAUAUCUUGUACAAAGAUUUUCAGUACUUUGUUUGUCGUUUAUUUAUGUUUUGUAUUUAUUGUAUUUAAAUUCUAUUCGUCAGUGUCUGCGCGUCAGUAUUAAGGAAAACGAGGGGGUGGGGCUGGAAAUAUGACAGGGUUAAUAAUUAUUUAUGAAUUUUGAGACAAUCGUGGAGGAAAAAAACGAGACAAUCAAAACUUUUAUUUUGUGUUUUACUGGGAGGAAAAAACUUGUGAACAAAGCCUUAAAAUUGGAAACGAUCAGGGUUUUUGAGAGGAAGCAGAAGCCUACAAAUCAUAUCUCAGGUUUGACCUCUGAAUUAGAACAAUACGAUUAAAUGUUAAAGCCGCUCUGUGUGAAGAGUUUCCUUCCAAAAAUAAUUCGAUUUUUUUUUUUUUUUUUAUUACUGAAUCGGCCUUCAUGAGAACUAAAUCCAGAAAUGUGUGUAAAUGUUUUUGGAACAAACUCUUCAGCUGAAAUUAUGCAAACACGUUUUUUUGUUCAGCAUCAACACGCAGACUGUUCACUCCGUUUAUUUUGCUGUGUGUGUGUGUUUGUGCGUAAAGGCCUGAAUGAGCGUAAAAGCUCCUGCGCAUGUGCGCUCAGAGCCGCCGCACAGCCCUCUUCUUCUUCUUUGAACUUUCUCUGCCGUCUUCUCGCUUUUUUUCUGGCCCGCUGACCCGCUCUGGUUCCUGGAGAACAUUUUUAAGUGACCCGCGGAGGCUUGAGGCCUCUGUGCUGCUGCUGGGACUAUUUUCUUUCCUUUUAAGGAGCUCCAACAAGCAUCAGGCCCUCACACACGCACACACAUAAAGGCCUAUUUGCAUGUAGCUUUGGUCAUGUGAAAAACUUUUAUGUCCAGAUUUUUUCUUGUCUAAUGAUUUUUUUUUCUUUGUGAUGAGAGAAGAGUUUAAAAUAAUGAAAUGAAUGAAAAUCAGAGCGUCCUCACAGCCAUAGAGUCACUUUAUUUUACCUUUAGGAGACAGCCAUUAAAAAAACUAAUAAUUUAAUAGUCAGAGGACUCAGAGGUGUGGGAAGAGUUAAAAACGUGCAUGACAAUCAAUGAAACUGGAGAUACUUCAGGCCAGCUGAAAUCAUAUAUAUGCAACUUAUUUUUAAAAAAUAUUCUGGGGAGGAAAAAAGUGCACGAAAAGUUCUUCAUGUGGAAAAUGUUGGUCAGCUGACCUCAGCAGGAAGGGAGGGGCAGAUAUUUAACAUUUAAGAUGACACACACACACACACACACACACACACAGGGAAGCUUUAGUGAAAAUAAAAGCUGAUGUGGAAAAUAAAUGAAAAAAAAAAUCAUAUAUUAAAAUCCAGGUUUUUGCACAUUUUUGUUAUUUGGAAAAAUAUUUUAAAGUAGUUUUUGUGACUUUAGUUGAACACGUGGUCCAAAAUUUUACUGUUUAUGCCUUUAUUUAUAAAAACAAAAGCUAAUGUCUUUCCACUGCAGCCACGUGGACGUAUUAUUAUAUAUAGAUAUGAUUUGAUUCAGUUUCCUCUGUAAAUAUGUUUACUAAAAUAUUUUAGCUCACAAAAUAAAACAACAUAAACCAACAAAAGGAAAAAAGGAGCGAGUUUGACACUUUUAAACAUUUUUAAUCAACAGAAAUUAUUUUUAAUCUAACCGCCAAUUCUUCACUUUAAACGUGAGCAGUGUUUGACAAUCAGCCCUGAUCACUGUGGUAUUGAUCCUCAGAUCUCAGGUGGAUCCAAGUAAAAGCGGCUUUUCAAAAAUAAAACACAAAAAAAUGUUUGUGAUCAUUUUAAAAGUUGGAUAUAAAUGUGGUGGUAAUUUCAGAAAAGAAGAAAAUAAAUCCGGGUGAGAACUUUUCCCAAACAGGAAUCAAACACAUGGAUCAUAAUAUUUCACAUUUAAGGUUUUAUUGUAAAAUAAACAGAAUUUAUUGAGUGUAAAUGAGCUGCAGGUUGGAUCCUUCACACCGCUGAGUGUGCACACAGGAAACAGGAAGCCCCCCCCACAUCGCCAACUUUGUUUUUUAUUGUUACUUUUUACAGUGCAAACAUAAAAACUUAACCUCGGUGAAAUAAAAGCCUCCUGCAGCUCAGAAGACGCUGACCUUCUCACACACACACACACACACACACACACACACACACACACACUGGGUGUACGCAGGUCUGUCUGUGGGGAAACUUUGGGGGAAACUGUCGGCUCGGUUUUUCUCUCUGUCACUUUUUUCUGGGUUUGUAAAAAUUGUUUUUGUUUUUUGGGGAUUUGUUUGGUUUUUAUUAUUUUUUUUGCACUUUUGUAGUUAGACAUCACUCAGUUGUACAAAGUCUGUAAUGUCUGUUUCUUUGCUGUCUGUCUGUUUUAUUUUUCCAGAGAAACUAAACUUGAUUAAAAAGGAUGAAAUAACCUGAAGCAGAGUUUCUGCCUGAUGAUGUGUGCAAACGUCACAAAGCAAUAAGUUUUUAUUCAAAGUGCACACACACAGAAGCCGUCACUGAGGCUGUGAGUGAAUUUGUUUCAUUUUACGUGCUGUAUUUAUUGUUUUUCAUUUCUUUGAUUUCAUUUGUUCCAUAGUGAAUUCCAUAUUUUAUUUAUUUUUUAUCUUUUCAUAAGUCAGGCGUGUGUUUAUCACAUGGGAGCUUUUGGAAGAUAUUUUUAUUAGUAUUAAAUGGAUUAUUUGAUAAAUGAUUCAGUCAUGCAAACUGCAGUUUUUAGUUGUAUCGUGACUUAUUUGACCGCUUUGGUUCCUUUAGGGUUAUUAUGAGGCCUGUUUAUUGGCCUAAUUUAUAUGUUUCUAUGAUUUUUUUGUCCCAACGGUUUUCCAUAAAUAUUUAACGUUUUGUGCAUAAAAUCUGAAAA